CACACUCAGGGCCCUCCCUCACGCACCGUGCUCACGCUCGGGGCCCUCCCUCACGCACCGUGCUCACGCUCGGGGCCCUCUCCCUCUCCCUCACUCACCGGCGGCGGGUGAAGCCCAGGCUCCGCCCUCGCUCCCUGUGCGCGGUUGGAGAAGAGGACGCUGUCCCUUUGCUCGGUUUCCGGGAGGUGGUUGAGGCGGAGCCGGAGCCCGGGCCCGAGCGGCGAUGCGGACCCGGGAGGCGCUCUCAAGCGCCGCCAAAUUAACGUCUUACAGCGCGGGGCUACAGGUGCUGUUUCGACUGCUCAGCUUUCUGUUGAAUGCAUACACGCUGAGGUACGUUUCAAAGGAAACCAUUGGCAUUGUUAAUGUGAGGCUCACGCUGCUGUAUUCUACAGUUGUUUUCCUUGCACGAGAAGCUUUUCGGAAAGCAUGCUUGAAUGUUGGUAUGGAACAGAAAUGGGCCCAGGUUAUAAACCUGCUCUGGUUAACUGUUCCACUUGGAGUGCUCUGGUCUUUACUUUUGGGCUGGGUCUGGCUUCAUUUGGUAACAACCCCAGAUCCAGCUGUGAUACCUCAUUAUGAAGUUGGCGUGGUGGCAUUCGGUCUCUCUGCUAUAGUAGAACUCCUCUCUGAGCCGUUGUGGAUCUUGGCACAGGUGCAUAUGUUGGUGAGGCUAAAGGUGAUUGCUGAGAGUCUCGCCAUUGUUGUAAAGUGUGUGCUGACUGUUCUGUGUGUCACAAUCGUACCACACUGGGGUCUCUACAUAUUCUCUAUGGCUCAGUUUCUGGCUCCCUCUAGUGACGCAGCUAUUUCACUCACGCUGUGCUCCAAAAUACUUAAAUGGGAAAAGAUAAAGAUUGUUGAGGGAUUCCUGAACUUACCCAAGGGAGACUGA